ACAUGCUUGUAGGGGUACGAACGUAUUUGAUUGGCAACGUGGUAAAAAAUCCGUUAAUUUCGUCGAAAUAUUUUUAUUCUCAUUUUCUUUUCUAUAAAAAAUGGCACUUUUUGCUAGAGAUAAUUCCAAAAAAAAAAUAGAAUUUCCAUCUCGUGGAAUUAAUGCAAUUUUAUUAGGACCACCUGGGAGCGGCAAAGGAACUCAAGCACCUAUGUUAAAGGAGAGGUAUUGUGUUUGUCACCUUUCAACUGGUGAUAUGUUGAGAGAAGAAAUUCAUUCUGGCUCUGAUCUUGGAAAACAAGUUAAAAAAGUAAUGGAUAAUGGUUUAUUAGUAAGUGAUAACCUUGUAGUUGAUAUGAUAGAUAAAAAUCUUGACAAACCAGAAUGUAAGCGUGGAUUUCUUUUGGAUGGUUUUCCAAGAACAGUUCCACAGGCAGAGAAAUUAGAUGAAAUGCUUGAAAAGAGAAAAACAAAGUUAGAUGCUGUUAUUGAAUUUGGAAUAGAUGAUGAUAUUUUAGUUAAAAGAAUUACUGGCCGUUUAAUUCAUCCAGCAAGUGGAAGAUCUUACCACGAAGAAUUUGCUCCUCCGAAAUUCCCAAUGAAAGAUGAUGUCACUGGGGAACCAUUAAUUAAAAGAUCUGAUGACAAUGCAGAAGCAUUGAAAAAACGCCUUGCAGCGUAUCAUACACAAACUCAACCACUUGUUGAUUACUAUGCUCUUCGUGGUAUACAUAACUUUAUCAAUGCUGCUAAAGCUAGCAAACAGGUUUUUGAAGAUAUUGAUUCUAUUUUUAUGAAAUCAAUUCAUCAAGACCAGAAAAAAACUUUGUUCAGCAACUUUUUUUAAGUAUCACUUUAUCUGAAUCUUCAUUAGUAAUUUAAAAUAGGAGAUCAAUUAUCUUGAAAUCAAUGACUUUUUAUUUCAUUUAUGUAAUGGUUUUGCUGGAAGUUUAAAUUAUUAAUUUGAAGCAAGUGAUUAUAAUUUUUGCCAGAUAUGUAAUCGAAAUGUUAUUUGAAAAUGAGAUUUAAAAGGUUAAUUAAUGUGUAAUUUUAAUUUCACCAAAAUGCAUUCAACAUAUAAUGGUGUUGAUUUCACAUAAUAUUGUAUUGUCAUUUCUAAUUUUUAUUAACAUAUUAUGACUUAAAUUUUCAUGAAAUUGUGUUUAAGCAUGAUUUGGAUCUCAUUAAAUGAAAUAAUAAAAAUAUUUAAAUAUAAUUUAAAUAUUUAAUUUUUAAAAGUCAGAUUUAGGUUGUAGAAUUUAAAUUAUUUUAAUGCUCAAGAAUAUCUUCUAUAUCUUGUAUACAUUUGUCAU